AUGGAGCAUGACCAGCUGCCACAGCAUGCCAUGCUCGCCGCCGGCACGGAGCUUCACGACGACGACGCCAUUCCCUCGAAGCGAAGCGUUUCUCGGCUGCGUCGUCUGCCGAGGCGCCAGAGCCAGCACUCGGAUCUUUUCGCCGACCUUAGCCAGCACCAGGAGCUCGACAAGUUCCUCAAGCAAGACUCGAUGCUCGUCGUGAGUUGCCAAAGUCGAAGCCGAAGCCGAAGCCGAAGCCGAAGCCGUCCAAGUCGAAGCCGAGCUCGCCUACGGGGACGAGGCCGUGGACGUGGACGUGGUGGAGGGCGUGGUCGUGGUCGUAGCAUGACCCCUUCUGCCACUGCUGCCCCCGACGUCGCGUGCGUCUCGAAACGGUGGCAAGGAGGACGGCCACAGGACAAAAGCCCCGAGCAUGACCAAGGUGACGACCAAGUGCCAAAGGAUGUUGCUGCCUGGCUCGACACGGAAGCCAACUCGCCCGCCUCGGCCGUCUCGACCCCCGAAUUGGCUAGCUGGCGAACGUCGAGCCAGGCCGGAAAACCGUUGGCCGGUUCCCUCUCACCCGCCAGCAGCGGGGAGGAGGUGUUUACGGAUAUCGAUGCGGGCGGGACGGCCGAUGUCGAAAUCAUCCACUGUGACCUCUCCUCGAUGAACCUCGGCGUAGGGACGAGCCGCGGCACCGGCAGCAACCCUAGCGGCGAAGAAGAAGACCCGCGGCAGCAUCUCGAGAAUUUGCUUCUGUCCAUGUCCAAGGUCGACGGCGUCUGCUUCGUCGUGCCCAGGGCUGGUCCUUUCGAGGCCCGAUUCGUCGCCCUCGUCACCACGUCGGCGGUGCACAACGGCAGCAACAGCAGCAACGACAAGGAUGAAAAUUCCAUCCUCCUCUUCACCGAUCACGAUGCAGCCAGGCAGCACAUCCUCGAGCUGAGAUCGGCAGUGCUCGAGUGGGGAGGCCAGGCAACGCGCCCGGAUCUGUGGAUCGUCCUGCGUCGCAUGGCCAUCAACAAGCACGGCGACGCCGACGCAAGACGCCUGCAGACGUGGGUGCAGAACAUCACCGAGGAGGUCGCCGAGCAGAUCGUCGAAUGGCAGUUCCCGAGCAUGACGCGACGUCGGUGCCUGUCGACGACGACGCAGCUCGAGGCGACCGACGGCGAGCCUGUCCAUGGCGGGCGACGAGCGCCAGCCGAUGCGCCGGGACGAGCGCCGGCCGACAUGGACCUUGCCGUAAAGGAGGACGAGUCCGAGCGGUAUCCCCUCUCCGUCAUGCAGCAGCUCUUCUUCAGCACCACCUUCGACGGGAACAUGGAGUCGGCGGCCAAGUCCGGAUCGGCCUUCCGCUUCAGCCAAAGCAUCAUGCUCGAGGUCAAGGCCGCCGUCGAGCGCUCCGACAUCGAGGCCGCCGUCGACGUCCUUACCACGAGGCACGCGAUGCUGCGCGCCCGCUUCCGGCCGACGGCCGACGGAUGGGCCCAGGUCAUUGCUCCUGCUUCGAGGGCCGCCUACUCUUUCGAGCACAUGUUCGCUGCCGCCGACGACGACGUCGGGGACAUGGUCGAGCAGGCCCAGGCCGAGCUCAACAUCUUCAGUGGUCCCGUCUUCGCCGCCCAACACAUCCGCACUGGUACCAGCAAGCGGCAGCUGCUGUACCUGGCUGCCCAUCACCUCGUCGUCGAUCUCGUCUCCUGGCGCAUCCUCGUGCGGGAGCUGGACGAGCUGCUGCGCGAGGGCUCGCUCGUGCCGCAGCGGUCGAUGCCCUUUACCAAUUGGACCGAUUUCCAGACCUUUGAGAGCAGCCAGCGGAUCGUGGAGCCGGUCAUGCCCUUUGCUGUCGGGGCCGAGGACCUCGCCUACUGGCGCCUCGCGGCCUCGCCGAACCGGUACGGGGACACCGAGAGCCUGUGCUUCUCGCUGCCGCCCGACGUCGCCGCAGCCUUGCGGACGAGCUGCAACGCCGUCUUCCGCACCGAGCCGGCCGAUAUCCUCAUCGCGGCCCUCCUAUUCUGCUUCCGCCAGACCUUCCCCGAACGUAGCUUGCCUGCCGUAUGGAAGCAGGAACACGGCCGCGACGCGGAUGGUUUCAACGUCGACGAGACCCUUGGCUGGUUCACCACGCUCUGUCCCCUGAUCGUUGCCGCCGAUGUCGACGCCGACGCCGACCUCAUCCAGCUCGUCCGCCUCGUCAAGGACACGCGCAAGACCAUCCCCCAUCGCGGCGCCCCGUUCUUUGCAUCGAGGUUCUCCUCGGCAGCCCAGCCAGCGCCGGUACCUGUCGAAGUCAUGUUCAACUGCGUCGAGACGGCGCAGCAGCUCGCGUGCGGGAACGAGCUCGUCGUGCCCGUAACCGCGCCACCCCCCGGGCCCGCCUCCUCCCUCGCUUCCGACGUCGGGCCUGAUGUUGGUCGCAUUGCCCUCUUUGAGUUUUCCGCCGUCCUUGACGACGAACGCGGUGCGCGCGUUGAGUUCCUGUUCAACGCGCGGUCGGCGCACAAGGACCGCAUAGUCGCCUGGAUGCAAGCCCUCGAGUGCACCCUCGUCGAGGCCGCGGAGCGGCUUCCGUUCAUGGAGCCGCAGCUCACGCUCGCCGACGCACCGCUUCUCGAGACGAGCUAUUACGACAUGUCCAGGCUGGCACUUCGCCGUCUCGCUGCCGUUGGCCUCGAUGGCGUCAAGAACGUCGAGACAAUCUGCCCCGUCGGCCCCCAGCAGCAGGAGAUUCUCAUCGCCCAGGGCCAGGACCCCGACUCGUUUCACAUCACCUGCACUUUCGAACUUGUCGCUCGCGGCGGCGAGACCGUAGACCAGAGCCGGCUAUGCGAGGCGUGGCAGGCACUCGUGUCGUUGCACGCCCUGCUGCGGAGCAUCUUCAUCGAUAGCGUCUCCGACAAGGGCCUCUACGACCAGGUCAUCCUGCGGAGAGUGUCACCCGCCAUGCUGUUCGUCGACUCAUUCGAACCGGUGCGCACGCUGGCGACGAUUCCGGCUAUGAAGACGGCACCGGGCCAGCCGAGGCACCGGCUGUCGGUGUGCCAGUCGGCGACGACGUCGUUUUUGCGAUUCGAUGCCAGCCAGGCACUCUGCGAUGUGAGUUUGCGCCGCCUGAGUCGCCCAGAAAGUCUAGUCCAAGUCGGAUGCUAA